AUGGGAAUCCUAGUGGUUUUCACCCUGUGCCUCUGUCUACGCCGCACCUUCAGUCAGUCGGUGACCCAGAGCCCUACAGCGUUGACCAGGCAGGAGUGCCAGUCUCUCACCAUCACCUGCAGUUUCCAGACUGGUUAUUUUUCCAGUUCCUAUGAUUUUCAGACUGGAUACUUCUUCAAACAGACCCAGUCCGGGACAGAGUGGCAGCGGAUUUCCAGCGGGGGAAGAGUUGCUCUGUCGAAUGAUAAAGCAAAAAUGACUUUUACAUUGGAAAUUCGGGAUCUCAGAGUCGAAGACAGCGCCACCUAUUACUGUAAAGCGGAGUACAAGUGCGGAACUGACAGCGGGAUCACUGUGCAUAAAUGGAAGACAUAUUAUGAGGAUGGAACUGGGUCCACGGUGACUGUCACAGCCGAUCCCAUUUCACUGGUAUCCAGGAAUCCGCCUGCACAAUCUUCUUCUGCUGGCGGCACCAUCACUUUAAGCUGCGAAUAUUUCGGGUUCUGUCCCUACACCGUCUACUGGUACCGUCAGUUCCCAGGACAACCUCCAAAAUUCCUGCUCCGGAGACACACCUCAGGAGAGCAGGAUAAGAACAAUGCUGCCGAAGGACGGAUUUCCGGUUCUCUCGAUCCGGCCAAGAAAAUCAGCCAGUUAACAGUCAUUAAACUGCAACUGAGCGACUCGGCUCUGUAUCACUGUGCAAUAAGUCGGCGCACAGCACAGUGA